AUGGACAACACCACUCCCGCUAUAAACACUGACAGAAACUCCACCGAUGGUCAGCUACUAACCAUGAUGCCGAAGAGCUCGCUGGAGGUCCAGGUGGCCACCAUAACCCUGACCCUGCUCAUCUGUGGGGUGGGAAUCGCUGGGAACGUCAUGGUGGUUCUGGUGGUGGUCCGCAGCAAGCGCAUGAGGACCGCCACAAACUGCUACCUGGUGAGUCUUGCCGUGGCCGAUCUGACCGUGCUGUUGGCAGCUGGGUUACCAAACAUCUCUGAAGUUGUUGCUUCAUGGAUCUACGGUUACGCCGGGUGCCUGUGCAUCACUUACCUGCAGUACCUGGGCAUCAAUGUGUCAUCUUGUUCCAUAACAGCCUUCACAGUCGAGCGCUACAUCGCCAUCUGCCACUCCAUCAAAGCCAAGUUCAUCUGCACCGUGUCGCGGGCCAAGAAGAUCAUCGCUUGCGUUUGGAUCUUCACGUCUCUGUACUGUCUCAUGUGGUUUUUCCUUGUGGAUACGAAGGAGAUGGUCUAUGCCAAUGGCAUUGUGGUGAGGUGCGGCUACCGGGUGUCUAGGAAUCUCUACAUGCCUAUCUACUUCCUAGACUUCGCCUUGUUUUAUGUCGUUCCUCUCGUUGUUGCUUCUGUCCUCUACGGUCUGAUCGCAAGAGUCUUGUUUAGAAACCCGUUGCCAACAAACCUCUCGGAGCAGCAGAACUCGGUGAAGGUGUCCAGUCAACGAAGCAGAAAACAGGUGACACAGAUGUUGGCUGUGGUUGUGGUCUUGUUCGCUCUUCUCUGGAUGCCCUAUCGGACUCUAGUGGUGGUGAACUCCUACAUGGAUCCGCCGUACCUCAACACCUGGUUCCUGCUCUUCUGUCGCAUGUGCAUUUACACAAACAGUGCCAUCAACCCGGUCAUAUACAACGCCAUGUCCCAGAAGUUCCGUGCUGCAUUUCAACGACUCUGUCACUGUCAAAGCAGUUCAGAACAGCGACAACCAGGGAGAUGCACCAGACCGGUCUACUACAGCACCAUUAAAGAUGUAUCCGAUGAAAACCGAGUGGAUAGGACUGAGCAGAAACACACUAGCGUGAAGAGAGUGGAGACCGGCAUGUUUAGCAUUGCUUGAUCUGAGCAUGUCAGAGAGAACAUUAAGUUAAUUAAUCUUAUGAUCUGUGAGCCUUAUUUUUUUG